UACAAUUGGAGUUCUUGGUGAGUUAAAGUCUUCAAUUUCCAUAGCAGUUUCUGCUUACAUACUCUCAGUUGCGAUGUUCUCUUUGUUGCUGUUAUCAGGAGUUCUAACUAAUGAGGCUUCUGUAUUUUCUUUUUCUACAACAGAGUUUCUGAAUUCAAAUCCUCCAUAUUAG